GUGAUGGAGGUGUGGAAGCAAGGAAUGGAGGGAAAGAACACUUUGAAGCUAUAUCAGAUGAAAGUGAUGCCAUAUUACAAAUGCAUGUAUGAUGGUAGUAGGAGACCUUCUGUUUUGUGUAAGGGCAGGGGCGCUAGGUAUGAAUGGACGUACAUACUGGUGGAACAAGAGGAGGGAAGAUAAAUGUCUUAUGCAUGAUUGUGAUGAAAAGGAAACUGUGGAGCAAUUAUUAAUGGAAUGUUUGGGGUAGGUAUAUGAGAGAGAGCAACAGAGAGCCUACAAUGGAGGCGAUUUGGAAUGAGGGAGAUGAUAUUAAUAAAGUGGGGUGUGAGAGAACAAGUGAGGAGGGGAUGAUGAAGAUUGUAGGUCUGUCUGAGGGAGCAACUGUGGCUAUGUUUGAGAGUGUAAGGAGAUAUUUGAUGAACGUGUGGAGGUUGAGGGACAGAAGGUGGAUGAUAAGAGUGUGGUUUUAAAGAGUGGUGGGUUGAGAAAGGAGAGGGUUGGAAGGCAAAGCUAACCAUGCUGAAUGUUUUAGUACCAUUAUUUCUGUUUUUUAGGAUGUUGACAUGUAUAACUGAAUGUUUGAGUCUAUAGGGAUUUUAGUGCACACUUAUUAAUUGAACUUUUUUUCAACAGCCAAGUGCAACAUGAACUUAUAAUUUUCAGUUUUAUGUUAAAGAUUUUUAUGCAGUGUGAAUGACUGAUCUAAAGGUCUUGACCUGAGGUCAGCACUCACCCAAUUCCAACUACCUACAACUGAAAUGUGGUAACUUGGAUACACUGUUCAAAAUCAAAUCAGUUGAAUUUGAAAUUGCUUGAGAAUAAAGUCAUAAAGUAUGAAAAUAUUUUCAAAAUUCUGAUACAAAAGUUGUGGAUUUGCCAGCACUGACAUGAACAUUUCUACUUGUUAGAUUUUUUGCAACUUGUUGAAGUCAAUAUUUGCUGUUGUGUCUGCCAUUGUGAGUGCAGGUAAAUUGCUGUCAAACCCAAGGGGUAAACAUGUUAACAAAAAAGCUGAAAACAUUAUUUGGUCAUUUAUGGUUUACUAUUUGGCUUUGGAUGCGUCCCCUGGUAAAAUGGGUGCUGAGGAAAUCCACGCAGCUAUGCGAGAUUCAAAGAAUUUGCUAUGCUACCCUACCUGGAGCUGAAAGAUCUACCAAAGUUGAAUUCAGCCUGGAGCAUUCACGUCAUGCUGAAAUUCAGAAAUGCUGUGCAUAUCUUUCAUCAAAAGCUGAAGAACAGCAGAUUCGUCCUGACGUGAUUCAUUACGCAGUUUAUGCCGUUGUCAGAGUCAAGGAUAUCAACACCAAACUUCAUCCCAAGUUUUCAGGCCAGUUGUUGUCAUGCAUAGGCAGCAUCUGGGGCUAUAGGCAGCUCAUCAGUGAGGUUGAGUCCCUCUGUAAUAUUGGUUGUUCAACGGCUGCUCAGCUCCCUGCCAACGCUCAACAAGUCACUGACAAACUGCAAACUCUGUGGCAAGCUCUCAAACCUGAUUCACAUCUCCAGAAACUUGUGAGCAAACAGUGGCAGGAAAUUGGCUUCCAAGGAGAAGAUCCUUGCACAGACUUCAGAGGCAUGGGGCUGCUUGCCCUUGAAAAUUUAUUGUAUUUUGCCGUGACUCAUGAGUCGGCAGCAAGGCACGUGCUCUCGCGAUCUUGCCAUCCUCGCUACGGAUAUUCAUUUGGCAUCGUGGGCAUCAACCUGACGCACCUGGCGCUGACGCUGCUCAAGGACGGCGCACUGAAGCAUCACUUCUACAACGUCGCCGUCAAGGAGAUGAAGGAGGCCGCCCUCUCUGCCUCCUCUACAUCAGGUACCGCCGGCGUGCAGCUGCCGUCACUGCGACACUUCCACCAAGUUUACUGCUACAUCUUCUUCGAGUUCGACUCGUUGUGGAGGAAUGAGAAGCCCAGGGACAUCAUGGAGUUCAACAGAGUCAGGGAUCUGUUUGAGAAGAAGCUCAGGGCUCAGCUUAAGAGCUACGACUGCAUCCUCAAGACUAACUUUGUCUUGCGCAACGUAUAAUGCCAGUUCUGUCAGGGGAAUUGUAGCAUUCUGUCUAAGUUUUUUGUACCGUGAAACUUUCAACGAUAACUAAUCAUGUCGUUUUGAUGGCAUAUAUAUGCUGAAUUGCCUUGCAGAAAUUAAAAUUAUGCUAUUUCUGAUGUGGGAAAAUUUGUACUAUACAAUUUAUGGGUGCACGCUCUCAACUGGUGCGCUUUGGUGGGUUGCAAUUCUAGUGACGGGAGGCAAUUGUCACGUGAGAAGAGCAUUUUUUCUCAAUAUCCCUUCAAACCCAAGCCAGAUCUCAUUUUUACCUCUCGCGAUGUAUAAUUUAUUGUUUAUCAUUUAUAGGUAUACCACUAAGAACAUUCAGUUUUAAUUAUAUUUUUCUGA